ACAUCAUGGAGGCAGGCUUUUAUAAAUUGAGCUGAUAUUCGCUUAACACGCAGUCGGAAAUAAUUCGGUCCGAUACCAGGUUUAUAGAUUAUUAUAUGCGUUUUAAGCAUUUAAACCCGAAAAUGUUGUCUACAGUUGGAUUACUUAUUGCUGCUCUUUCUCUCCUCUCGCAAGCUAAGGAGGAAGCCUAUAGCGGAUACUGCACAGAGAAUCAGUGCUUUGCUGUGUAUCAAAAUUCAAUGGACUUCGAAGAUGCUGAAAAAUAUUGUAAAACUGGACACGGACACUUGAUGUCAGUACGAUCAUUGGAAUACCAUAAUAUCGUUUCGGUUGUAUUGGGUAAUCUUACAGGACAGUUUUGGAUUGGCUUGUAUUUGCCCAGUGGUCAGUGUUGCGACGAUUCUUCCCCCUUGAGAGGACACAGGUGGAUCGAUGGAAAGGGUACAAGUGCUUUCCAGAAAUGGGGUGAAAAGUCCUCCAGUUGCUCCUCAUGCGUGUCUGUAUCAGUGGUCGAUGCCGUUUGGACGGUGGAAUCGUGCAAUGAUGAGAUCGAUGGAUUUAUUUGUGAAUAUAAUUUACAAGAACCCUGCAACCCCUUAACUGUCAUAGGCGAUGCAUACGUUAUGUAUAGGACAUAUUAUGGAUUUGAAGUCCAGGACCUCACAUUAUUGCCAAUGGGGACCACUGCUACACACACACCUGAUGACUGGAAAUAUAUUUGUUUCUCUAAGAUAUGGGUGCGUGCGCCUUGGCCGUGUGACGUAUUAAACGGCGGUUGUGAUCAUGUAUGUUCAGAAGGUGUGUGCACCUGUCCACCUGGAAAAACUCUCCAAGCCAAUAACGUUUCUUGUAGUGAUCCCUGCGAUGACAUCGGAUGUGCUCACAUGUGCACCAGAAGAAAUAACAGCUACGUUUGCGACUGUUCCAUGGGACACGCGCUGGAAGAGGACGGGAAGAGCUGCAAGGAAAUUGUCAAAAAUCCAUGUGGUCCGCGUCCAUGUGAACACAACUGUAAUCCAACAGAAGACAGUUUCAUAUGCUCGUGUAAGGACGGUUACGUCGUCUCAGAAAAAAACCACACACUGUGCGACAUGCACUGCCCAUUUGAAGAGUGUCCCACUGAAUGCGACCCCAACUCGUACCAGUGCCACUGUCCGCCAGGAUAUGUGGACGAUAAGAGGGAUACGCAGACAUUUUGUGUUGACAUUAAUGAAUGUGUCUACAAUUACUGUGAACAAAAUUGCACAAACACUUAUGGAAGUUAUUUUUGCUCCUGCUUUGAGGGCUUUUCUUUCAUUGAUAAGAAGUGUGUGGAAAGUUUAGAUACAACAUCUAACGAAAUUAGACCUACAGAUCAUGCUUAUACUGAAGCAAGCGCUGGAACUGUCCUUGGAAUUGUUGUUUGUACAGUAAUGGUCAUUUUAGGGAUAAUUGCCCUUGUCUGCCAAAUACACAAACGUUGUUGUAGCACAUUUGAAAUUGAUUUAAAAGGCCAUGACAAUAUUUACUAUUUGCAGCAAGUAACAACUGAAUCGUACAAAAAGAUGUCAAUAUGA